AAACAUUAAAAUGUCAGGAAAAAAAAAAUUAAAAAAUAAGCUUGUACUGAAAGGUACUAAUAUAAUACACCUGAAAUUAACAUUUUCUUUUGUUGUUUUCUAGGUUCUAUUCAGGUCUAGAGACAAAAAAAACUCUCUGAUUAAUCAUGUAAUUUGGCUUAUUUUUAUAAAAUUUAAAACAUAAUUUCAUGAUUUGUUUCUCCUAAACCCUCUCCAAACCCAAUAAACCGGAGCAAAAACACAAGAGCGAGAAGUAGUAACGCAUUAGUUUUCGGCCACCUCCUCCAUUGAAGCGAAGCUCCGAGAGAGAGAGAUUGUAGUGUGGUGCAUCGUUACAAAACAUAACCAAACCCGUACACGAAAAAAAGACACAGACUUUUUGUUUUUGUUUUUUUUGUCUCUUUCCAUGGUAAUGACAGAACUCAACUUCCUCCCAACAACCUCCGAUCGCUUCACGACGACGUCACCGUCACCGUCCUUCUCCUCACAUUCCCUUCUUCCCUUCACCCAUCGACGAACACGACAAAGUAACCACAGACCUGUCUCCGUACGCAUGGAGCAGUCACGACCGAGAAACCGAAAAGACAAGAUCGUCGUCAUCUUAGGAGCAACCGGCGCCGGAAAGUCACGUCUUUCAGUCGAUCUCGCCACUCGUUUCCCUUCAGAGAUCAUAAACUCCGACAAAAUCCAAGUCUACGAAGGACUAGAGAUCACCACCAACCAGAUUACCAUCCCGGACCGUCGCGGCGUUCCUCACCACCUCCUGGGUUAUCUCCCCUCCGAAGACGGCGAACUCACCGCCGGAGAUUUUCGUGUCGACGCUUCAAACGCCGUUUCCGACAUAGUCUCCCGUAAAAAGCUUCCGAUCAUCGCCGGCGGAUCCAACUCCUUCGUCCACGCGCUCCUCGCCGAGAGAUUCGACCCAAAGAUCGAUCCUUUCUCUUCUUCUUCGAUAUGUCGGGAUUUGCGGUACGACAGCUGUUUCAUCUGGGUAGAUGUGUCGGAACCUGUGCUGUUCGAGUAUCUUCUGAAACGGGUCGACGAGAUGAUGGGUUCGGGCAUGUUCGAGGAGCUGUCCGGGUUUUACGACCCGGUGAAAGCGAGUAGGGCCCGGUUUGGGAUCCGGAAAGCCAUAGGCGUACCGGAGUUCGACGUUUACUUCAAAAUGUACCCACCGGAGAAGGACAUAAAGUGGGAUUCAGGGAGGAGAGCGGCGUACGAUAAGGCGGUGGGGGAUAUCAAGGAGAACACGUUGAGGUUAGCGAGGAGGCAAGUAUGGAAGAUAGAGAAGCUGAGAGAAGCAGGUUGGGAUAUUAAGAGAGUUGACGCAACGGCGUCGUUUAGAGCUGUUAUGAUGAGUUCGAGUUCGUCGCGAGAGUGGAGAGAGAUUUGGGAGGAGCAAGUUUUGGAGCCAAGCGUAAAGAUUGUGAAUCGGCUGUUGGUGGAAGAUUAGGUUAUUUCCCAGCCAUUUUCCAGCUCAUUUUUUUUUUGCUUUUCAUAUCAUAGAAAGGGUUCGUUGAGAGAUUAUUUUUCGAAAAAGGCACUUUUUUUUUGUUGGGUUAUCUACAAACAUGUAAUACAUAUGAUCUCCUCCAUUUUUGGCACUCCAAAACUCCAUUUCUAUUCUGAA